GAAACAUUUUAGGCUUAAAUCUUCCAACUUGACAAAGUUCAGGCCAAUAAACGGGAAAAAAAUGAUUAAAUUGUUAAGAUUUAUUACAUAUUAGAACUUCACAUGGCGCAACUUGACAUUCGUUUUUCUCCCUUGUUUGUCAAUAUUUUCAUUCUCUUACCAGUGUUACCAAUAAAAUCUUUAUCUAAAUCCCAAGGAAACAGUGAUGCCAACCUAUUAAUAACAUUAUUAGCAGAGUAAACGUUUUGACCAUACGAUAACAUAUUCAUAGUAAUAAGUUUUACAUCCUCCUUUUACCUGCGUCGAUAAAGUCUCCGCCACUUCCGUUCUGGAAUCAGUAUUUCGUAAAUGCAUUUCCUUCAUUCUGUCUCGCCGGCCAAUGGAGCUCUAUGUAAAAUAAAUUUAUUUGAUUUUAAAAAUGUCAUUAAUGUUCUCACGAGAUCCACUUACAUUCCAUUCUGCAUAGAUAUUGAACACUGUCAGUGAUUUAGUAACAGAGAUAUCUCUCAGAGGAGGUGGAGAAUAUUAUAGAACAUAACAAUCGGUACAACAUCUCUUCUAACAAUGCUAACAAAUUCACAAAACACGUAAAACAAUCGUUUUCCUGUUUACGUGAUAAGUUCACCGAGAAAGAUAAAAAAAAUUACCUUCUUCCCAAGAUAAAUGAACAAGAUAAGUGACACAAUGCUUUUUCUUCUUUUAAUGGUCCCUUCAGAGCAGUAAGAAUAUUUUAAUAUUUACCGUCACAUCGCUGAUAUAAUCAUUAAGGAUACAGUGUGCUAUCUAAAAUUGAAAAUGUCGCUGCAUGGUCUCGGAGAGUGAUUCGAAUAGACUGGAGGGGAAAUUGGACGCUGUUGACUUCGUGGAUGCAGAUCACGGGAUGUAAGGACGAUAAACAAUGGAGAAAAAUUCCAUAUGGUGGAUUGAGCUCGUUAUUAUAAUCGCAGUAUUCGUUGUUGGACUAGUAGGAAACAUCUUUGUGCUGAUCAUUGUACAGGCGAAAAACGCCAGAAAGACAGUCCAUGGAAUAUUCGUGACGUGUCUGGCAGUGGCGGAUUUGGCUUUGUUGUGUUUUGACUCGCCUGUUUCCAUUCUAGGUAAGUUUGAUGUGGCUUCCGAGAUAUUUAACUGCAGAGUUCAUCUAAUUGUGGUAACAACAGGCUACAAUGUAGGACUUUUUACCAUCACAUCCAUGGCGAUGCAUCGAUGCCACAUUGUGACUCAUCCGUGGAGACCAAAGUUAAAACGUAAAGGAGCAAUAAUAUGGGUGUCGCUAAUAUGGCUGGCAGCUUUUGUUCUGGUUAUUCCGCUUAUCGUGGUCAAUAAACCAACGAGAAAUGGCUGUGAAGAAUUUUGGCCCACGCCUGGUCACAGCCAAGCGUACACUGUCUCACUCAUGACAAUUCAAUACAUAAUGCCCCUACUCAUUACAGCAAUUUGCUAUGUACGAAUAUGGCUGUUUUUGAAAAGCCGACCUGUUUUGCCCAAUAACAGUGGUUUAGCAACUGCAAGGGAAACUCCUGGAGAAGAAACCGCAAGAGAAAGCAUUGUAAUACUCAAGACUGUUGCAGUUAUCGUUUUAUUGUUUUUGGUUCUUUUAUUGCCCACUCAAGUGGCUUGGAUGUUGUUAGAUUUCAGAAAUAUUUCCUCCCAUGAACUUUGGUUUGCUUCUGACAUACUAACAAGGCUGCAUAGCUGCAUAAACCCAGUUGUUUAUGGAGUUAUGAACAAACAAUAUCGUCGUAGGUACGUCACAUUUUUAUCGCGCAUGCUCUGCUGCAGUUGCUUUUUACGUGUCGAGCAGGCACCACCACAAAUACCACUGGAUCAACACGUGACCGUGAAUCAAAGAGUUUACAGCGAAGAUCAUGGUCAGCGAACGCCACAGUAUCCACAGCAUGGGAAUUGAUUUUGCAUUGCUAUCAGUCAAUUGCCGGUUUCUUGUUUACAGGAGUCCUAGCAAGGAGUUAUUUGAUAAAUGAAAUCCAAAGAACUCUCGAUACUUUGGACCUUCCUGUAUUUGGUUUUGUAUGAACUACUAUACCUGUCAAAGAAAAUAAAUAAAUGAAUAAAAUA